AUGCUACCAAUUAGAUGUGGGUAUGUCUCUAGGUACUCUGAUGAGGAGAUUCUACAGUCGUCAUUUACCUCAAGUCAUCUUGAGCUGCUCAAGAAUGAGACGAGGGGCUUAUUCCAGUUUUCUUGGAAUAGUUACAAAGAGUACGGUCUUCCUUACGAUGAAGUCAAACCUCUGAGUUGUACGCCUAAUAAAAGACGGAAAGAUAGUCUUGACUUACAAAAUGAUGUACUAGGAAACUACCACUUGACUCUUUUCGACAACUUGGACUCCUUGUUGGUGUUGGGACUUUGGGAUCAAUUCAAUGAGACCCUCCAAUACCUUGAAGAUAUUAACUUUGUCGAUUUUGACAUAGACAGCGACGUCAGUCUCUUUGAAACCGAUAUUCGUGUUCUUGGUGGACUACUCUCAGCUCACUUGUACCUUACAGAUGAAAGGCAUGUCAUGUUUGAGCCCAAGAAAGGCAGAAGGUUACUUGAAUUAGCUGUCGAUUUGGCUGACAGGCUGCUACCAGCUUUCGAUACGCCAACUGGAGUCCCCCUACCAAGAGUCAACUUAAAAGGCAAUCCGGUUAACUCCAAUCUUCCACAUGAUACGUCUUCUAUAAAUCUUCUCCCAAUGACGAUCGAUCCUUUGGAAUCUAAAUGGCUAGAUAAUGUGAGUGGGAUCGGUGCAAGCAUUGAUUCGUUUUACGAGUAUGCAUUGAAAGGGGCUAUUCUUUUCGAUGAUGAAGAUCUUUUCAACGUUUGGAAUAUUGCCUACAAUUCUGUGCAAAGCAACAUGAAGACAUUUAAUGAUUACCUCACCGUAAACGUCGACGUUACCAGCGGUAAGAAUAGGGCCUACUGGAUCGACUCUCUGAGUGCAUUUUGGCCAGGAUUGCAGGUGUUAGCUGGCCACAUCAAGCCAGCAGUCAAAAGUCAUCUAGUAUAUCUUAAAAUUUGGAACUGUUUCCAGAGUAUACCAGAGCGUUGGAGCAUUAAUGGAGACUUUACCAUCGAGGGUUCUAUGGCUUUGGAAUGGUAUCCCUUGAGACCAGAGUUUAUUGAAAGCACAUAUCAUCUUUACAGAAGCACUAGAGAUCCAAUAUACCUCGCCAUCGGUCAGGAUCUUCUCAUGAAACUUCGAUCCAUGUUCCUGUGUCCCUGUGGUCUCUGUGGAUUUCAAGAUAUACGAAGCGGGAUCAGACAAGAUCGAAUGGAGAGCUUUGUCCUCAGCGAGACAUUGAAAUAUCUCUACCUAUUGUUUGAUGAAAACAAUUACAUUCAUAAUGUCUUAGAAAAACAGAACAAUAUGAUUUUCUCCACAGAGGGACAUCCGUUCUGGUUGGCAACGCAUAAUCGGUCUCUUAACGACCCAGCACAGUACUUUACCACAUCGCCGUUGCUGACAGAACAUAAAUUCCUCGACCGCAUACCUUUACUGGGUACCUUAUGGAACAGACUCUAUCCCGAGAAAACAACCAACGACCGCCCCACGUUGCCGUCGCUGUCUUUACCUCAUUCAUCGUGCGAGUUCGUAGCCAGGAAUACCGACACAUUUUUAUCGUCACACUUACUGCAGGAUCCUACAAUAUGCCAUAUCGACAAAAUAUUUGAAAAGUCUCUAAUCACACCACCAUAUAUGAAUUCAACUACCGCCAUUGAAUUCCAAGACAAUUUCUACCAUAACUACGGCGGUGCGAACAAAGACAGCUUAACCAGUACACCCAUACUAGAAACAGAGGUUGUUACUUAUAGAAUAGACCCUUUUUUCGGGGGCCAGAACACUUUGAUGGACUUUGGACUUGAUUUUGUCAUUCCAACCAUCAGAGAUUUGAGACUAUCAUUUGAGAUAAUCAAACCAUUUGAGACAAGUUCUCUAGGACUAUUAGACAAUGCCGCAAUAGACGCCUUUAGUCCGCUUUUCGACAAUAGACACCUGGACUAUGUGACCAAACUUGUCAGCAUCAAUGGGGUCGACAUCCCCACUAACAGCAAUGUUUACUGCGUCAAAGUUUCCCCCUCACUAAUCAAAUCGGAUCAGAUUCGCAUUUCGACCAAGGGUUAUUUUACUUUUGACAACAAUCCUGUCAUUAACCUAAUAGUCUACACAGAUCUCGACCAAGACUUCGGGGUAUCAUCCGUAGUCUGA